AUGGCUGAGUCUGGAGCAGAACGUCUUCAAGAAGAAGCUAUGAUCGCACUCAAAAACCUGUCUUCAAGCAAGGAGAUUUGUCUGGAAGUGGUCUCUCUCAAUUUCAUCCAGAAGCUCACAUCUUUCUUACAUCAAAACUUUUGCAGAAAACACUCAAUCAUCAUUCUGGAAAAUCUCUACAAUACAGAGAAAGGUGGGGUUUGUAUAGCUUUGAUAGCUGAAUCACUCGACUCAAAUGUUCCCGAGGAGCUAGAGAAUGCAGUCUCCAUCCUCCUCCAGCUCUGUGGGGAGAUCGUGAGAGAAGGCGUUAAUAUUUAUUCAUCUCUUCUCCUGAUAUACAUCCGAGGCAGCGAAGUUUUGUGCGUUUUAAUUGCUUAA